AUGGAUGUGGCUACUCUGUCUUGUUAUGACGAAGAACUCUGUAUAACAUCGGGCUAUUAUACCGAUGAUUCUGAUUUUGAAUUGGUGAAUGCUGCUGAACAACCGUUUGAUGAUAAUAUUUUAAUCAACCUAAUACGCAGAGACAAUCAUGAACAAUGUGCGAUCUAUUCUACAUCACCAAAGACAAAAAUUCAUCAUUCAAAACAGUUGAAAAGGAUCAUCGACGAUUGUGGAUUAUCAGAUGAGAUCUAUAUCAAAGCUUAUUACAUUCUCAUGAGAUAUUUAUCAAGUUAUUUGAACAUGAAUGAUGAUAUUUUAUACGGAUGCAUGACAAUUGCUGUGAAAUUAUCCGAAUAUACAAAUUUUCUAAAUACAGUUGAAAAAUAUAUAAAACAUUGUAUCACUUACGAAGCUUUGAUGAACGCUGAAACAUUAAUAUGUAAUACUAUUGAUUGGGAUCUAAAUAUUACAACACCAGUUACUUAUUUAGAAGCAAUAUUAACCAUGUUAGAUGUAGAAAAUGAAACAAAAAAUUCAUUAAGACAAAUAUCCAGCAAACUUAUUGUGCAAGCUGUUACAGAUGCACGAUGUAUCAAUUUCUCUAGUAGUGUACUUGCUAUGGCAUCUUUCAUAAAAUCUGUUGAAUUGCUUCUUCCAAAUGGAAUCAAUAUGAGUUAUGAUAUUCUCAAUUAUGCAUCAAUACAUCAGAAUACUCCGAUAUAUUUGAGGUAA